AUGGCGAAAGGAAAAAAUAAGACAUCUGAAGAUAGAGCCAAUAAGGCCAAAACUUCAAAUGGCCAUAAAUCUAAACAACAUCAUAUAAGAAAAGGAAGACAAGAAAAUGGAUCACAAUCUCAGGAAGAUGGUGAAAAAUUUCCAGUGAAGUUAGCUAUGUGGGAUUUUGAUCAUUGUGAUCCUAAGAGAUGUUCAGGUAAAAAGUUAGAAAGGUUAGGACUUAUCAAGAACUUAAGAGUAGGCCAAAAAUUCAGUGGAAUCGUUGUAUCCCCUAAUGGGAAAGGUGUUGUUUGUCCAGAUGAUAGAGAAAUUGUGGAAAGUUUUGGAAGUGCUGUUGUUGAAUGCUCUUGGGCGAGGUUAGAAGAAGUUCCCUUUAAUAAGAUAGGUGGAAAGCAUGAAAGAUUAUUGCCCUAUUUGGUUGCAGCUAAUCCUGUAAAUUACGGAAAACCAUGGAGAUUGAAUUGUGUUGAAGCUAUAGCGGCAUGUUUCGCCAUUGUGGGUCAUACUGACUGGGCCGAGCUUCUUUUGAGCAAUUUCUCAUGGGGUUUAACUUUCUUGAAAAUUAACAAGGAAUUAAUCGAUGUAUAUUGUAAGUGUACGGACUCCGACUCUGUUGAAAUCGCUCAAAAGGAGUGGUUGGUGAAGAUUGAAAAUGAGGCUAAAGAACGUAAAGAACUCGCCCUGAAAGAGGAUGUCUGGAUGAUGGGUAAUGUAAAUAGAGAAAACAUAGACGAUGACGACGACGCUGAACAGGAUUAUGAUGACGAAGACAAAGACGAAGAAGAAGAUGAUGAUGACGAUGAUGUGGAAUAUGAUAAUCUUGGUAACAUAAUACUGAAGAAAGAGGUCAAGGUAGAUAGCUUGGGAAAUGUGAUCGAUGACGAUGAAGAUGAAAGUAGUGAUGAGCUGAAUGAAGAUGAGUCAGAAGAAGAAAUUGAAGAAGAGUUGUAUGAUAAACUAGGAAAUCUUAUCAUCAAAAGUUGA